AUGUCCCCGGUGGCGGCGGCGGGCGUGUGGAUCGCCGUCCUCGUGGCGGUGGUCGUGGCGUCCUUGGCUCCUGCGGCGGCCAACGAGGAAGGAGACGCGCUGAUGGCCCUGCGUCACAGCGUGAAGGACCCCGAUGGCGUGCUCGCGAGCUGGGAUCCGAGCCUGGUGAACCCGUGCACGUGGCUCCACGUGACGUGCAACGACGACAACCACGUCGAUCGUAUCGAGCUUGCUAACAUGAGAUUGUCCGGUCCUCUGCCGCCGGAGCUGGGGAAACUGGAGCAGCUGCAGUACAUGGAAAUGAACGGCAACAGUCUGCAGGGUCCGAUCCCGUCAGAGUUCGGCAAGUUGAAGAACCUGGUCAGUAUGGACCUGUACAACAACGACCUCUCAGGACCCCUUCCAACGACGCUUGGGAACCUCAAGUCCCUGAAGGUCUUGCGUAUCGACCACAACCGCCUGACUGGACCGAUCCCCAGGGAGCUGUCUGGACUGCCCGACCUUGCAACCGUGGAUUUCUCAAGCAAUGACUUCUGCGGCACGAUCCCAACAUCGGGACCAUUCCAGAACAUUCCCCUCACCAGCUUUUCCAACAACCCGCGACUGACGCAGGGACCGGGCGGGCACGACGCCAACUGCUAG